AAAAGUCAGUCAGAAAUUUAUUUGGUUGAAACAUACCUGGUAGUUUCCUUUGGUGAAGGCCGGCCUAUCUAUUGAAAAAAAAAUGAAAGAAUAAGUGGGAGAUUAUUUCAAUUUCCGAAGAAGGUGUUACAAAACAAAAACAUGAUUGAAAAUUAUUAAGUCCCAGGUUUUUAACUCCCCUUGCGUAGAUCAUAUAUAAGUGCUACUCUUUCAAGGAAGAUGAUCUCCCUUGCUGCUUUAGCGUUGAUGACGCUUCCAGACCACCGAAGAUUAUUCCAAAUGGUACCUGAUGACAUUAAGCAUAUGUGGAAUGAGUGGGCAUUGCGUGCCCUGCUUUUGAUCAGCCUUGCUUCUCAGAUCAUAUUAAUUUUACUAGGCAAUGUUCGAAAAUAUAAUCCAAGAACACGGGUCAGAAUGGCUCUCUGGUUUGCCUACAUAAUGACAUCAGCAGUCGCAUCAGCAGCUCUUGGUGUUAUAAUCCGAACUGCCUUUGAUGUAUCCACUGACUCUCAUACCCUUUCACAACUUCAUAAAAUAAGCACUAGUGAGUUCAUGUCUUUUUGGGCACCGUUUCUCCUUCUUCACCUUGGGGGUCCAGAUACUAUCACCGCUUUUGCGUUGGAAGAUAAUGAGCUUUCAUUAAGACAAUUUAUGGAGAUCAUUUUUCAAUCAGGAGUGGCUCUUUAUAUCCUCUUGUUGUCAUGGCCCGGGUGUUCCCAUCUCCCGCUACUAAGUAUGCUGGUGUACAUGGCUGGUUUCAUCAAAUGCACUGAACGUAUCCGAGCUUUAAGGCAAGCAAAUACAGAGAAUCUCCGUGAAUCGAUGCUCGGUCCUCCUGACCCAGGUCCCGAUUAUCCCAAAUUCCUUGAGGAGUUCCACUUGAAAAAGUCUCAGGGGUUUAACGUGAAAAUUGUGGAGGUCGCCGAGACCCCUCUCCUAGCCGAUGAUCAUUCAUAUCCUGCAGAAGGUAAAGAAAUAUCAGAAGCUUAUGAUCUAUUUCAAACAUUCAAGCGUCUUUUUGUUGAUCUCAUCCUCACGUUUAAAGAUAGAGAUUAUAGUCAAUCCUACUUCCGCCAUCUUAAAUCAGAUGAUGCUUUCCGUGUAGUUGAGAUUGAACUUGGAUUUGCAUUUGACAUGCUUUAUACUAAGGCAAAUGUGGUGUAUACGUUUACUGGGCUCCGUCUGCGCCUCCUUAGCAUUAUUUUCCUUCUUAUGGUACCAGUUGGCUUCUAUUAUGUCCGUGGUGUGGACGAUUACCACUUUAUGGACAUUGUUAUAACUUACCUAUUAAUUGGUACAGCAAUCUUUAUGGAAAUAAUUGCAGUCUAUACCAUGCUGCGAUCUGAUUGGACUGAUCUUUGGUUGAGCCAAUGGAACCUAACCCGAAAAAUCCUCAUAUUCCCUUUCUUCAAAAAAGUGACCAAAAAAAGGUGGUCGGGUUCCAUUGCACAGUUUGACCUAAUCAGUGUUGCUCUUGAAGAGAAGCCCGCUAGUUUUUUGAAGAUUCAGAAAGCCGUUGGGAUAGAUGACAUUCGGGUAAAGCACCGCUACAAGACUUAUAGUAAAGUCUCUGAUGACCUAAAAGAGUUGAUCUAUUGUCAGUUUCGUGAGUUCAUGGUUUUAAAUUCCGACCCCAAAGCGUUAUGCACUCAUAAAGGAAGUUUUUCUCUCAGAAAGAAUGAGUGUGAUGCUCUGCUAUGGAGCAUCACUAAGGUGGAAUUCGAUCAAAGCAUCCUUAUAUGGCACAUUGCCACCACUCUCUGCUUUUUAGAGGUGGACAAUCAAGAUGGUGCUGACAUUGGUGUAUGUCGUACCGAAAGCAAGCACAUAUCUGACUAUCUGUUGUAUCUUCUCGUGUCAUACCCUCUUAUGUUACCAAGAGGUAUCGGCAUGAUCAGGUACCGUGACACCUGUGCUGAAGCCAAGCGUUUCUUCAACAAAAAAGGUUUGAUAACCGAAAAGGUUGAAGCCUGCAGAAAGUUGCUUGAAGUUGAUUGUAUGGACAUUUUGCCUAGUAUAGUGAAGGGGGAUCGAUGCAAGUCUGUCCUUUUUGAUGGCUGUAGACUCGCGUUGACUUUGAAAAAGAUGAAAAGAGAACGCAUCUGGAGAGUCACAAGUCAAGUAUGGAUCGAGAUUCUAGCCUACGCUGCUACUCACUGUAGCGGAUUCUUCCAUGAGCAGCAGCUUCGUAAAGGAGGGGAGUUCCUGACUCAUGUUUGGCUUCUGAUGGCACAUUUGGGCAUCACUGAGCAGUUUCAGGAAUUACAAGGUCAUGCUAGAGCUAGAAUUAUCGUCUGAUAAGUUAUCACCAUAAUGUAAUCAUCCAGUAAUUCGUGGCUUGCUAUGUGAAAGCUAGGAUCAAAUCACUAACAUUCUGUCAUUGCUUUCUUACAAAAUCAAUGUGAUGUAAUAUAUACAAUGUUAUGGCUUUAUGUAUAUAUACAAAUGAACAGGCUGUAUUUUGCGAA